CCAGCCACAUGUUUCUUGCUUCCUCCGAGGCCAGCCCGCGCGGCUUCUCACUCCCUUUCCCCCAAUUCUCAUUCCACCGCCUGCCCUCAAAUCUGCCCCUUCCUUCGCGCCAGCUUGAAAUGUGAUGCCCAGCUCAAUGGAAACUUUCUGAGUCUACGCGCCUCUAUUGUUUGAUCAAAGCGAUCUCGAUGUCUUUCCCUUACUCCCAGGAUGCUCGCCGUCGGCGGGUCGGAGCCGGAACGGGUUUCAGCUCUUCGGGCAGACGAACCGUCUUGGGAUACUGGGUGCCACUUGCCUUGACUGUAGGCAUCGCGACUGUGGGAAUCGCUGCAUGGAUUUGGAGUGAGCGCAGCGAGGAUGACGACGACGACAACGACCGCGAUCGCCGUCGUGACGAUGAGCCAUUCCCCGCCCCCGGUCCUGGUGGGGAGAGCUAUCCUACAAGCGGCGACUACGGGGGAACCUUUGCUCGUUCGACAGCGACAGAAGUCCAUGAUGGCCAUUCCGAAGAUGCCAGCAUGAUGGCACGUAUGCAGGGAGCCUUGCGUCGCACGCCCAGCCCCCAACAGAUCCUUGACGGCGCCAGUAAGCGAGUCGCCGCGGGUAUGGCCGCGGCCGGUGCCUUCGUCGGCGGAGCUCUCACAUCUAUUCGCGAGGAGGAUAGAGGAGACUUUGAGGAUCACUCGCGGUGGUCGGAAGAGGUAGAAUCCAGGGCCAACCAGAGGGAACAGCCCGCCCGUGCUGCACCGCUUACCCGCGAGGCUGUCUCUGGUCCUGCGCCCACCGAUAAGAAAAGGAAGACUAUUGCGAUCGUAGUUUCCUCCGAAACUCCUCAAGUGGACCCUGAGGAGAUCAUCUCACAGCAUGCGUCGAUCCUUUCCCACCUCCCAGAACAUGUCAAUCUCGAUACCUCCCGAGUCUUCGUUAUGAUCUACGCCCCGGGCCUGAAGCAUGCACCCAGCCAAGGCGGGUCCUCUCCACCUACAUUGUCAGUUACUUCCUCCUAUUCCAACAUCAACCCUGAGGAGGCGACCUCGCCGGGUGAGGUAUCUGGCCGCGAGUUGUCGGGAGAGUCUCGUGCGACAGACGAAAACGAGGGCGCCACCCCACUGUUUCGCACUUUGUACACGCAAGCCCAGGCUCUUGUCGAGAAGCCCAAUACGAUCAUGCCCUUCAGCACUGCCACGGGGUAUGUGCACCUUGUGCGCCACAUCUCUCCGGAUACUGUAUACGUUCAAGAAUCUUUGGCUGGAAAAGAUGGAGAGGCGGCUCAUCACAUCUCUGGAUGGGUUCGACAGGUGGUUGUUGUGGUCGGCGAUGAAGGUGGCCGCGGUGGUCUAAUCGACAGUGAUGAUGAGUCGGCGUUGGCGGAUAAGGGCGAGAAGUGGUGGCAGAAGGAGGGCACCACGGGACUUGGGAAGCGCAUUGAUGUGGUCGAUGCGCUUCGGGUCGGCGACGAUUGGCGACGACGAGUCUCUGGAUUCGAUUAGAGCGCUUUUGUGCCCUGCCAAUGCCAAAGAAGGAACGAAGUGCAUGGUGCUUCGCAUGUCUAUAGCUUCCCCCUUCCGUAUUCCCUUACUUGACGAUUAUCUGCAUCUCCGUUUGAUUCCCCUGUCAUGAUAAUGUGCGAGGCUUUUCUGCCGGCUGCUUUUCUGUGCAUAUAUAGCAUACUCAAUGCAUGCUCC